CUGUCAAAUUGAUUAGAUGGUGUUAGCUGUUAUUUGCGAAAUCUAUUGUGUUCAUUCGUUAUCAUUAAUUUUCCUUAUUUAUCGAUACACACAUUUUGCGUCAAUUGAUGAAAAUUCGUUCAUUGCUGUGUCAGAUAUCCGGCAGCAAUGUUGUGUGAAAAGAGAAAAUUAUGCCUCGUCGUUUUUGGGGUCUAAGGAGGCUGUUAAGAAUGCCUUUAACAGAGACAGGGGACCAAUAUUCAAUAUGGGUGGGCUUAAUAUAUGUCUUCAACUUAAUUGUUGGGACCGGAGCCUUGACCCUGCCUGCAGCCUUUGCCAGAGCAGGAUGGGCUCUCAGCACAAUAUCCCUGAUGUUCCUUGCAUUCAUGAGUUUCUUGAAUGCAACUUAUGUCAUAGAAACUAUGGCUUGUGCUAAUGCAGUAUUUAAAUGGAAGAGGUUACAGAGUAUCAAGAGGGAGAGUAUCCAGGACCAUGAAUCAGACGAUGAUCCGUCUACGUCGCAGACGAACCACGGGGACCUUGAGGAGCCCCUGGUCUGUGGUGAUACCAUCCCCUCUCGAUACUACAGCCUCGACCGGCGCGUGGAACUGGGAGAGAUGGCCAACUUGUUCUUCAACAAACUUGGCAGGACCACCUUCUAUUGCACCCUGUGUAUCUACCUGUACGGAGACCUGUCUAUAUAUUCGGCAGCUGUUGCGAAGUCUGUUAUGGAUGUAGUGUGCUCCCCAAUUCCUCCGAACGUGACUGACUCGAAGGUGUGGGAUGAGCUGCCGUGCUUCAACUCUUCUACCGCGGAGCACGCCGGGUACACUCGCCUGGACACCUACAGGGUGGCUCUGCUCACCUUCGUCGGAGCUAUGGGUCCUUUCGUCUUCUUCAACGUCCAGAAGACCAAGUACCUGCAGCUGUUUACUUCGGGCAUGCGGUGGUUGGCAUUCACAAUAAUGAUCUCAAUGGCGAUCCACCUGCUGGUGGGCCGCGGGCCGCAGGGCCACCCGCCGCCGUUCGACGUGACGGGCAUGCCCACGCUGUUCGGCGCGUGCGUGUACUCGUUCAUGUGCCACCACUCGCUGCCCGGCCUCAUCGCGCCCAUCCGCGGCAAGACCAGGCUCGGCCUGCAUCUCUUCUUCGACUACGCACUCAUCGCCAUCUUUUACCUGCUCCUCGCGUUCACUGGCGCCUUCGCCUUCGCACAUCUAAACGACCUCUACACCCUCAACUUCAUACCCGCAGACAACGACAACAUAUUCCUAGAAAUCAUCGAAUAUUUCCUCGCACUGUUCCCAGUCUUCACCUUGUCUACCAGCUUCCCAAUCAUCGCCAUAACUUUAAGGAAUAAUUUACAAAGUCUCUUCCUAGACACCUCGAGGCUUGAAUCUUACAAUUUUAUUUUGAGGAGAGCAAUAUUCCCCGUAGUGACUGUGGUUCCUCCAGUAUUGCUUACUUAUUACUUAGAAGAUAUAAGUGUUCUGAUCGAGUUCACGGGCUCGUACGCCGGGACGGGCAUCCAGUACUUCAUUCCUACGUUCUUGGUGGUGUCGGCGAGGCGGCACUGCACCAACUUAUUAGGGUUAGGAGUAAUCAAUAAGUAUAAAAGUCCAUUUUCCCACGUCGCGUGGGCGAUCUUCGUCCUGCUGUGGUCGUUUGUGUGUAUAAUUCUAGUGUCAGUACACAUAUUCGAGAAGAACUCAUGACAUUAAUUGUACAGAAUUGCGUGAAGCAGAUUUUGUUACGUAAAGUGAGAACUGUGGGAAGUAAUCAGAGUGAGCAUAAAGGCAGGUUGGUUUAAAUAUAAACCGAUUAGGAUAAGUUUUUUAAUGUGUAAUCAUUGUUUUUUUACCCAAAUCAAAUAAAUCGCUAACUCAACGUAUGUAUAAGAAGUCUGGUAAAGAGACAAUAUAUUCCUUAUGUGUUCAUAUUUCUCCUUCGCUGUGCAGUCGACAAUAGCUACUGUUGAAUUAUACCUAAGUAUGUAACAUACUGCCGACGGCACAGCCAUUGUAUUUUUGUAUCAAUGUUUGCCAUAAUUAAUAUUCUGUCUUACCUCUAUAAUUAAAAAAGUAAAAACAAUGGUAUCAAGUUACUAAGUCGCUUGCUAUUGCUAUCAAUACGAAUGUAGUUUUAAUAAAUACGGCAACUAUGUAUUAAGUUUUACAUAAAUCACGUGGAAUCCAUUUAUGUUAUCUUAAAAAUUAUACAUAUAAACGUAAUCUAACUUAAUUGAAUCAUUUUCCUGGCAUUGUUACUCGGGUUUUUCGAAUAUAACACAAACAAAACCCAAGGCAAUUGUUAAAGUUAUAGAAACAUUGACUUUUUUCAAUGAAACAUCCUAUUUUUAUUAGAGAUAUCUUUGUUCCUAAAGAUGUAGAAUCAAGUUUUUAAACUGACAUGGUCACUAACACUAUCAAUAAAACUUGAGACGGGAUAUUUACCUUGUUUAUUUAUAAUAGUAGAAUAUUUAUUAAAAUAGAGUUCAUCUGCGAUCAUGGCGCUUGCAACAGUGCCAAUAUAUCAGAAACUCAUAGACAUAAAUAAACAUGGUAAAUAUCCCGUCUCAAGUUCUAAUGAUACCUAGUGUUAGAAUCAUGUUUCUUUUUUUGCUAUAAUGUUACCGAAUUCCCAAAGAAUAAAUUGCUAUGCUUUAUUAAAGAGAUUGUUUUUUUUUUUAUAAUUAUUUAUUGAUUUUGCUAAUAAUGUAAUUUUACAUUUUGAUAUUUCAGUUUCGCACAAGUAUGUAUAUUGGUUGUUGACUUAUUUAGGCGUUUUACCUUUCUAAAUAACGAUUGUGAGCCAAAAAAAUUACCUAUAAAUAAUGUUUUAGAAAUUAGUAUGUAUAUGUAUAAAAUGUUGCAUUUCUGUGUAGACGUUUAUUAAAAUUGUGAUUAUAGAUAUAAUGUCAAUGUGAAAUCAAUUAUUCAGUGUUAAAAGUACUUAUAUUCAUGACAUUUUUAUAAUAUUAUGCAGGUUGGUCAAGCAUGACAUUUUUUUAUUGUAUUACAAAUUGAUUUUUUAUACUUUUGUAAAGAUAACCCAUCUCUAUUCAUGUUUUGUACACUAUAUUCACGUGUUUUUAAUUUUAAUUAAUAUUACAAGAGAAACAGCAAUAUUUUGCUUCUAUUUAAUUUAAUUUUAUUUACAUUUUAAUGAGAGUACGUAUUUUUGUAACUGUAACUUUUAUAUUUUGAUUUUUGAAUAAUGGUGCCAAAUCAGUGUAUUAUUUACUUAUAAUUCAUAAUGUUGUUGCUACGUAAAUUUAUUAAUUGUCGAAUAAUUUUUUUAUAAUUUUCAUACACGUUUAUUUCAUUGUGAUAGAUAAACAAACCGUUAUAAAUGUAUUAUAUUUAAAAUACGAGUUUAUUAAAUCGACUGAAUCAUUAAUAAUUUUAUUAGCAGUACAAAAUAUUUUUAUAUAAAAAAUAAAUUAACCGCGCGUGUUCAAA